ACUCUACCAAGGACAGCCCAAGAGCUGGUCUAGCCUGGCAACCUUUUCCCUUGGGUAGUAGAGGCUGCCCCUUUGAUAGGGAGUUUGUGGUCAGACAGUGGGCCCUUGGGGGUCUUGGGCUGUCACAGGGACUCCAGAAAGCCAUGCAGAGCCUUGGGCCAUGAAGGACUACUCAGAUGUCAUCCUCUGCGUGGAGGCAACAGAAUCGAGCAAGACCGAGUUCUGCAAUCCUGCCUUCGAGCCUGAGUCUGGGCCAUCCUGCCCUCCCCCAGCUUUCCCAGAGGAUGCCAGCUAUAGUGUCCCAGCUCCCUGGCACGGUCGGCGUCCUCGAGGGCUGCGGCCAGACUGCCGUUUCUCCUGGCUCUGUGUCCUCCUGCUUGCCAGCCUGCUGCUCCUGCUGCUCGGGCUGCUGGUGGCCAUCAUCCUGGCCCAGCUGCAGGCUGCACCCCCACCUGGGGCCUCCCAUAGCCCACUGCCUGCCGGAGGCCUUACCACCACCACCACCACCCCCACCAUCACCACCUCUCAGGCAGCUGGGACCCCUAAAGGGCAGCAGGAGUCAGGUGUGAGCCCCUCCCCACAGGCCACCUGUGGAGGCCUCCUCUCUGGCCCAAGGGGCUUCUUCAGCAGUCCCAACUACCCAGACCCUUACCCCCCCAACACCCACUGCAUGUGGCGCAUCCAGGUGGCCACAGACCAUGCAAUACAGCUCAAAAUCGAAGCCCUCAGCAUAGAGAGUGUGGCCUCUUGCCUUUUUGAUCGCUUGGAAAUCUCCCCUGAGCCUGAAGGCUCCCUCCUCAGGAUUUGUGGGAGGGUGCCUCCCCCCACGCUCAACACCAAUGCCAGCCACCUCCUGGUGGCCUUCGUCUCUGACAGCAGUGUGGAAGGAUUUGGUUUCCAUGCCUGGUACCAGGCUGUGGCCCCUGGGCAUGGGAGCUGUGCCCAUGAUGAGUUCCGCUGUGACCAGCUCAUCUGUCUGCUACCUGACUCAGUGUGUGAUGGCUUUGCCAACUGCGCUGACGGCAGCGAUGAGACCAACUGCAGUGCCAAGUUCUCGGGGUGUGGGGGGAAUCUGACUGGGCUCCAGGGCACUUUCUCUACUCCCAACUACCUGCAGCAGUACCCUCACCAACAGCUCUGCACCUGGCAUAUCUCGGUGCCGGCUGGACACAGCAUAGAACUGCAGUUCCACAACUUCAGCCUGGAGGCUCAGGAUGAGUGCAAGUUUGACUACGUGGAGGUGUAUGAGACCAGCAGCUCAGGGGCCUUCAGCCUCCUGGGCAGGUUCUGUGGAGCAGUGCCACCCCCCCACCUCGUCUCCUCACACCAUGAGCUGGCUGUGCUUUUUAGGACAGAUCAUGGCAUCAGCAGUGGAGGCUUCUCAGCCACCUACCUGGCCUUCAAUGCCACGGAGAACCCCUGUGGGCCCAGUGAGCUCUCCUGCCAGGCAGGAGGGUGUAAGGGUGUGCAGUGGAUGUGUGACAUGUGGAGAGACUGCACCGAUGGCAGCGAUGACAACUGCAGCCGCCCCUUGUUCCCACCCCCAGAGCUGGCCUGUGAGCCUGUCCAGGUGGAGAUGUGCCUCGGUCUGAGCUACAACACCACGGCCUUCCCUAACAUCUGGGUGGGCAUGGCCACUCAGGAGGAGGUGGUAGAAGUCCUCAGCGGUUACAAGAGCCUGACAAGCCUGCCCUGCUACCAGAAUUUCCGGAGGCUCCUGUGUGGGCUGCUUGUGCCCCGUUGCACCCCACUAGGCAGUGUUCUGCCCCCUUGCCGCUCUGUCUGCCAGGAAGCAGAGCACCAGUGCCAGUCUGGCCUGGCACUACUGGGCACCCCCUGGCCCUUCAACUGCAACAGACUGCCAGAGGCAGCUGGUCUGGAAGCUUGCUCCCAGCCCUGACCCUGAAGCCAGCCCCUGCCCUCUUUCUGCCCGUCCUCUUUUGCCCGUCAGGACUGGCACACAGGGGAAAAAGGAAGGGGCACCAGCAGGGUCUCUAACUAUCUUCUCUGGGGCUCCCAGGGAGGGGGAGGAGAAGUCCUCAGCUGGGGCUCAUGGGACCCUCCCUGCACCUUCCUGUCCCCUUACUGG